CGGCCACAGAGGCUCCGAAAGGGCUCCAGAACGGGCCGCUGGGGCCGUCCAAGGACAUGCUGGACACGCAUAUCCCAAACCACGCUCAUGGGGCCAGAGAAGACACUCGAGAAGCGCCAGAAGCGCUCAAGAGCGCCCGUCCCUUGGGCUCCAGGUUUCUUCAAGAUCAUUGCAACACUCAACACUGAGGACUCCACCCAGUGCCUACAGCACGGUCGCGGAUAGAUGGUGGUCCAACUACGGAAGUAUUGUAUUGGUUGGCCAAUACCGUGUUUGUUUAAGAUCGUUUGCCCAAAGUUUUCCUGCACCAUCACAAUUUUCACGUCUAGCAUACCAUAUCGCAGUGAGGAUGAUUUGCGCUAGUUAUGUCAAGAGGGCGAAGUUCGUAUUCGUCAGCGCUCAGGCGAUGAAGCUAAGCGUUGAUGGAGUGGUGAAAGUGAAGACCACUGACAAUGAAUGGUUAAAAGGGGUCAGUUCAGAUGGUGAAGCUGAGUGCACCGCGCAGAAUGUAUGAUCGGUUCUGGCCUGGGCACUUGCAAAGUCAUUGUGGAUCCAGACGUGGCGGUUCCGUUAGUCUCCACGUUGGGCUCCACCGACUCAACCAAGACGGUGGCCGUACAGAAUAGUGCAGAGUCUGGCAGCCGCAGCAUCUCGUGGACGUCGAACACGUCGCAUUGGAACCUUUGUUGCAAAUCAGGUGCCCUUAGAUCCGAUCGUUGAGCGUUGCGGAUGGGAGGCGUGCGGGAUUAUUAUUUCUGCGUCAACGGCCUUUGUUUCUUGUAAGCUUCCCAUGCUCUGGCGGGAGUUCCCAAAUGAACGAAUUUGCCUCGUAUGCGUCGUUCUGCCCAACGCGGCGCGGUGCCACAGAAGAGGACCGUUCAGCCGCUCUGCCCAUGUUGAGUGCGCAGCGAACUAAGUUGUUCAACCUGUGCGCGGCUAGUCAGCCAGGCCCUCAGUGGAACCAUUGCGACCAUGGGGUGCACACACGGUGAUGACAACAAGUUCACGCGGGUGCAGGACGGCUCGCGGAACGAACUAAUAUUGGCGAGCGGCCUGGCCGGACAUCUCGGGACGCCCGCGAUCUCUGGCCCGACGCGUUGGCCGUUAUGUUUUCUUCCCCGACGCCCCACCCACACGCCUGACCUUGACGCCUUACCUGCGGCUCCCCUCGCGGUGCUGUGCACCAGGGCCCAGCCAGGAAUGGCAAGGCUUCGGGUCGCGCACGGACCGCACCCCCAUGAGGCAGCCCCAGUUGGCCUCGACAGGCUCCCCGAGCAGUCCUGGGCGGUCUCGGCACUCUGGCGCCGCCGCCCGCGGCGCCCCUGGGUGGGGAUGCCGCGCUCGCCCCGGACGUUUCGAGGGGCUUGUUCGGGCCGUCGGGGACUGCUUGGGGGAGCGGGGUGUCUGUGCGCAACCAAGAGCCAUUGUGCCAAAGGCAGCCAGGAUGGCCACGUUGAUUGCGUGUUGUUUUCCCAACACUCCUAUGGUUGGGCACUCGUUUUGAAUAGAGCAGAGUGGGCAACCGCUCAAAGCUAAGUUGCAUAUUAUUCUCGCCCCAGGGAUCUUCCACAAUCCUCAUUAGUCUGCUGAAUGGCAUCCGGCAGCGAGCCACUUCUGGGCGACAGCGAGGAUGUGCGCCCGCAAGGAUUUGGAAUGGGGAUGCUUCUGGGUUAUCUGUCUAAAUACGGUGGGAGGGUGUUCGUUGCCCAGGGAGAUCGCUACAUUAUUGAUGAGACGACUGAUGAGACGGCACAACUCGACUAUACAGAGCCUCCGAGGGCGGUCUCGGUAUUGGAGAUGUUGUACGUCCCUUAUCUGGCAAGCAUGACGAUUGACAGCACGUGCAAUGUACAAGUAUACCCGCUGUUUGUUACAGUGCAGCUCGGUUUGAGUCAAAGCUACAUCGGCUUCAUCGAGGUCUUCAGUGGCUUGUUCGACUUGCUUCUGAAUUCGACCUCGUAUAACGACCGCAUCGCAAAGAAUCUGGACUGGUGGGAUGCACAGUGGGUCUCGUGUCUCGGUUGUGCUCUUAGCAGCUUCAUGAUCGCAUGGUCUCCGUCAGGAAACUUUUGGGCGAUUUGCAUCUGCAUCGCAGCAAGCUGUAUUGUGAGGAGUCUGACUCCUCCCACGCCUUUCUCGACGUUCCGGCGGCGGUGGUGUGAUCGCGAAGACGAUUCUGUAGGCGCCAGUCUGCAAGUGGGUUGUCGAUAUCUCAGUGUGGCCGUGGGGGUGCAAGUAGGAAUCACAGUUGCCCGGUUGUCCGCUCUCAGUUUUCGUGGCGUCUUUGUCUUCGCCACAGUCGCUAAUCUUAUCCUGGGCGGCUGGUCACACUGGGCAUCCAGGGCAGCAAAUCCCAAAGCUCAGAGGCCACGGGUCAGCGAUCCUCUAAGAGCUGCAGCUUCGGGUGGCAAGGCAACGGAGGAGUCGCAGGCUACCAAGUGGUCUGUACUCUACGGUAAUAUGGACGCCGCCGUCACAGUGCUCAGUUUCUCCAUAUUCACUGAUAUCACAAGGAGCACCUGGCCUCGAACGUUGACGUACGUGGCGAACAAUUCUCCUCACAUCUCACCCGAAACAUCCGCACAUAUCAACAGCGGUUGUCAUCUAAUCAGUCUGAUUGGGAUAGUUCUGACGCCUUUGAUUGUUGAUGGCGGGUUUGCAAGAGUGAGCGCGGACAAAAGCGGAUUGCACGUUGCGGCUACCUUGAGUUUUUUCUUCCUAACCAUCGCACACGGCUUACUCUCGCAGGCUUCGUCGCAUGUUUUCUUCGUUUGUUCUGGAAUUGCGUUUGGUUUGGGUGAAGCUUUCAGUUGUGGACUAAGGGAGAACGUGAGAAUGACAGUCCGCCGAGCAAUGGAAUCCCAAAACCGGGGCGAUACGUACAUCAAGAUAUUCGACAAUGGUGUGUAUGUUCUAGAAGGUAUUGUGAAGAUGGCUAUCAAUUUUUCGAUUCCUGUAUUCGGGGAUCCCCGCUGGUUUGGCAUGCAGAAGGUGUCUCUGGUGUUGUGUGGCGUCGCGGCGGUUGCAACGCUAUUCUCGACGCGCCUGGAAGGGACAAGAAAAGCACGGACCCGAGGUGAACCGCCGAAGAAGCGCCACCCUGACACAGUCAAGGUCGUGCACUGCCCUUGCUUCUGACGGGCGCACCCUCUGCACGAGGUAGCAGAUACGAGCACGAUGAGGCAAA